CAAGAUGAUAGCUUCUGCAAGAUUAAUGCGUGGAGGGUUUUGUAUUGACGAACCUAUUUAAAUUAUUUAGGUAACACUUAGUGCAUUUCAUGUUUGAAUUACUUCUGUUCAUACAUUCUUUUCUGCAUUAAAAUGCCGUUAUUUCUAAACGUCUCGUCGAAAAGGAGGAUGGACUACAUAUCAGUCAACAGGAAUAUACGCAUGCGCGUAAUGUUUUUUGAAUUACUAAUUGUAUUUUCGUUAUAAAUGAAUGUUUUUUCGUUUCAAAGCAAUAUUUUUCAUCAACACGAACAAAAAUUAGUUCCAAUAAAAACUAAUAAUAUUCAUUUGUGAUGAAAUCUUUAAAGCAACAUGGGGAGUGUUAUAAACAAAAUAUGGUCAUAUGUUUGACUUAAGUAGACAUCCAAACGAUUUAUCUCGUGAACGGCUUUAAAAACAAGAUAAAGAAUCUACAACAAAGUACAAAACGUUAUCUGUUAACCAAAUAUAUAUUGCAGAGUAUUACCUUGUUCAAAGUGAAACGUUAAUAACAUAAUGGCGGAACUGUGUGAAAACGAGAUUUUAAAACUGUAUGCAUAUUUGGAAAUAAUUGCUAGAACGGAAGACAAUGAUAUAAGCCGUAUAAAAGGACUAGAAAAUCAUUUUGAAAACUUUUUUCACUCGAGAACCGAAGACCCACAGAAAAACAUUAAAUUAGGAAUUCUUCAGAAUAAAGAAUUUCUUAUCAAAGGCAAAAUUGACAGAAAAAUUAGACUAGAAACCAAUGCAGAAGAGAUAGGAGAUACUUUUUUGAAUGGGGAUUCGUUGCUAUUACGUGCAAUGUCAAUAAACGUGAAGAAGAAUAGCCCCCGAAAAAGAAUUCUCGACAAAAUUAUCAAGUGUAUAAUAAAAUACUGUCCGGAAUUGAUCAGUUUUGAGAAGAUACAUGACAACUGUGAAGGUGUGACCCCAGUGCAUCUAGCAAUUGUGCAAGAAGACAAAAAGCUUCUUGAGAUUAUGACAGACACACUUAAUGAAGAGGUUGACACAAGUCAGCAGAAAGCAAAAUUAAUGAGAAUCCAUGCAGAAGGCGCCAUAUUUCAAGAUACAGUUAUGAUGGCUGGGACUCUACUUGGGGUCGCUUCUUUAAAAUUCAACAAAGAAAUAUUUUGUAUCCUCCUUAAGAACUGUGUAUCGAAAUUGGAUGCUACAAACAAAAAAGGCGAUAAUAUUAUACAUUCUUUGAUAAAGUAUGCACACAUCAAACCAGUAAAGCUCGAAUCCGUGCUCAGAAUGGUCAGUUUCAUUUUGGAUUGUCAAUUUAUCAAAACAGGAUCGAAGUAUGAGAAGAAAAAGAUAGGUUCUAGCGCUUUCUUUUGGGAUGAUCAAUGGACUUUGAGGAAAGAUGUGCGUAAACUACUGAUGAUGACGAACAAAGAGAAACUCACCCCACUGCAGUUGGCAGCUAAAAGGCAGCAGUUCAAAAUCUUUGAAGUAAUCAUUAAUCAUGAGGUAUACCUUUCACGGGAAUCUAACGACGGUCUCUUUAAUGAAGAAACAUACGACGUCACUGAGAUCGAAACGCUUGCAACUGAAAGUGACGUCAAUGCAUCACAUGAAGAGGACAUCAAAACCGAGCAUCAUGAAUCGGUACUAGAAUAUGUGGUCCAUCAUCAGACAAACAACGCGUUCUUAUUUACAAACGUUACGCCAGUAAAGGAGGUGAUAAGAGAAAAGUGGAAAUAUUACAGACCUUGGUUCCUUAUAUGGUUUGCCAUUUAUCUUGUCUUCAUGAUUCUGCUCUCAUGUGCUGCUGUACUAAGGUCACAGAUGACGACAUCGAUCUCGGACAAUACUACAAUUCAAUUUAAAUAUCCUGUGACCAAAAACGUUUUUGUUACAUCUAUUUCAGCGAUUGGUUUGCUUUUCUCUGCAUGGUUUGUUUCAAUGGAGUGUGCCAGAAAAAUAAUUUCACGAUUUCAGUCUCAAACCUCUUCAAAGUUUACAAAACGUAUUAUUCGUCACUUUAGCAUGCCGUAUUCAAACGUCAUGUUUCGAAUAUACUUUGUCUUAUUCUCAUUUCUUCUCCUGUUUGAUUUCAUUUUUGCCGCUAUUGGUGGGUCAGGAAUUAUGUCUGGAUACGAAAACUAUUGUCUGAUUUUCGCAAUUAUAAUUGGGUGGUACCUUGUUUUAUUCUUUCUUCAAAUUUUCAAAGCAUUCAGUUUCUAUACUGUUUUGAUUCAGAGGGUUAUUUCUGAUAUGAUAAAGUUCGCAUUUGUCAUGGGCAUAUUUCUGAUAGCUUUUUCUAUUGCAAUGUUCAUGAUUAUGCAAGGCGCUAACACGGAAGAUGAGGAUUUUGACAAUUUAGGAAAAACGAUGGUCAAAAUGUUGACUAUUAUGCUUGGUAUCGGAGAAUUAGACAUACUGUUUCAGGCUCGACAACCAAUUUUAGCGGUUACGGUCUUUGUUCUUUUUGUUCUUUUAACAACAAUCCUUUUACUCAAUGCACUUAUAGCAAUGAUGUCCAAUUCAUGCACGGACUUGAUGAGUAACAAUGCCGAUGUAGUAGCCACAAAAAUGCAUUAUCGUCUUCAGAAGUUAUCGGUUAUUUUAUUUCUCGAAAGUUUCCUUCCCCGUAGACUUUGUAAGGAGGUCGGUACCCUAAAACAGAUGCCAAGAUAUGACAAUGAAAAUAAUAAAGACCAGAGCAAACAAAGACGCAUGUGGAUGAGGAAUUCCGUACACGGCCAUGAAGGAGCGGGGUCUGACGCAUCGGAAGAGCCAGUACAGCUUACACAUUACAAAAAUGAUAUUUCUAGUUUACUGGGAAAGAUUCUGCGAAGAAAGGAAACUUCACAUAAAAAACGCAAAGUGUUUCCUGAAACUCAAAAUACAAUUGUUUCCACCCUACAGGGUCAGCAGUCAUUGAACAGGCGGCUUGAUAUCACAGACAUGGAACGAGCAAGAUGUGAGUCCUGUCAAAAUCAUUCCAGAAUUCUUUCCCAAACACAAGAAAUAACGGAAUUUUUAUAAUGGAUAAAUGAAUGAGCUGGAUUUUACUGCGGCUCGACUCAAAAAAGAGCAAAUAUCGCCGGAACGAAAUGAAGUUGAUAAACAUUUAUUAUAAAAACCUACAUACCGUCAAAACCUGACAAAAUGACAAUCAAUGCGAAUAAAACAUUUUCAUGUUCAAAUUGUGACAUAAAUGCAUGUCUGUUUCAAAAAAGAUAAAACAGUGUCAGUCGAAACUGUAAGAAACAACUCCAAGGAUUUCAUUUCAAAAUCUGCACUGCGCAGUGGAGAGAAGUCCUCGCAAUUGGUUGAAAUAUGUUUAAUAUUAAGUGGCGUUUGACAUGGUGUACAUUCAUGCUGAUCUUCCUUCAGAAGAUAAGACUGAGUCAAAUGGGUAUGACCUAUUCAAUAGAAUAUAAACGUUCUUUGAUAUAUAAGUAUAAAACUCAACUCAAAAAUGCUUUUGAAAACAAUUGCCUUUUUGUUAUGCUCUGUUGAAAUAUUGUUUACAUCCUGUAAUCAAGAUAAGCAGUCAGAUAAUGUUCUUAUGUAAAUAUUUCGUAUAGUUAUUGCUUUGCUUAAUACCUUCGUGUGGUAAACAUUGGUCUUUUUUUUUUAUAUUUGUUGAGACGUGUCUACAUUAAACGUAAGCACGAUUCAGUGUGAUUUAAGUAUAUGUAAUGUAGAUCCUCGUUCCUCAUUUAUUACCUCUUAUGAUCUGACUGAAUAGAUCAGAGUCUUUUAUCAUGUACGCACUUCUAAAACGAUCUCCCUACAGAUUUAAUUUACCUACACAGCUUAAGGACAUUUCCCAGAAAAUUUUUAUGGACAGACUUUUUCAAAACUUUACAUACAUUUACUUCAAUGUAUACUCUAGUUUCAUAAAACCAUAAAUUUCAACAAUCAUUUGUGUAUGUUAAGGUAUGGACAGGAUAAGAGGGUGACUAAUUUGAAAUUGGUAUUCAAAUAUGAGAACUACAAAUGUAAGAACUGAAGCAAACUUUAAAUUAAUUUUCAUGACAAUUUAUUUCAAUUUUCACUUUAUUACUUAAAUAAAUACAACUGUACAUAUAAACUGACAUGUGAUUUUUUCCGUGUUAUUGUAAGCAUUAUACUUCUGCACUAAAACUUAACUUUGAUUUAAAAGAUAGCAAAUACAUUAUAUAAUAGGAAUACAAUAUAAUUGUCGUCUUUCAAAUAUUUCAUGGUUAAAAUGUUCACAAAGAAUGCUAUUUACAAAAUCGAUUCAACUACUUUCUUUUUCUAUUGCAAGAGUGAUCGAUGGCCUCGCAAAGUAAGUUUCAUUUUGUAUUCAAAGAAUUGUGUAUCACAACAUCCCGAGUCAGCAUUUUUUCCGAAAGUGUGUUUUUCAGCAUGUUUUGUUUCGUGUGAUACUCACCAGUAUUGCGGUUAUCUUUGUCUUAGUGUUAUUGAAUGUCUUUGUAAGUUGUUAACCUUUGAUCACAAAAACAAAUCUAUUUUAAAUCAAUAUUUCUUUAUUUUAAUUGCUAAGCUUUAUUAAGUUACCUGAAUACAUUUAAUCAAUAUUACAGCACUUUUGUAAAGCGAAUAAUUGCAUUAUGUAUAGUACUUACAUGUAAUUCAUUCACCAAGAAAUUAAAGCUGAGGUAAGGGAAGUCUACAGGUCGAGCCGCAAAAUUGUAUAAGAAUGAAUACCAGUUGGCUUCCUGACUGGUUACUGGAAUCAAAGUUGGGGAUUUGAUGUUGACAAGGUUG